AUGCCUAUAUUACUAUUAUUAUAUAUAUUAUUUGGAAUUGCCGCCGGAUUCGAGCAAUGCCCAAAACAGUGCAAAUGCGCCCCGGACCCUAUUCAGCCGACAACGCGACUUUUAAUGUGCGACAUUCCCAUCGGCGCUUCAGCGCUUCCAAUUGCUCAUGGCUAUUCGGUGCCAUCGAAUAUUCGGACCGUGUUCAUCACGUGUCGCGGACCAACGAGUUUCCCGCACGAUUUGUUUCAUCGACUCACCGGACUGCAUCAUUUAAAAAUCGAGGGAUGCGGAAUUUCGCAAUUGCCGACGAAAUUGUUCGACGAUCUUGCGGCGCUCAGAAAAUUGGAGAUUGAACGGAUUCCCACCGCCAUCGAACUAACCGACGAUCUACUAACUCCACUAACCCGUCUGGAGAAGUUCAGUGUGACGUACUCGCCGAACGUCGAGCUCCCAUCACGCCUAUUAUGCCAUCUACCACAUCUUCAGGUGUUGAAUUUGUCGGCGAACGCGAUACCGACGUUGCGACGCGACGAGCCGUGCGUUGCGCAACAGCUAUUGAUCGUCGAUUUGUCGCGCAAUCGUCUCGAGACCAUCGAGCAAUUUUUGCGCGGUGUUCCCGCGAUUCGCGAGCUCUCCGUUGCUCACAAUCAAUUGUCGACGAUCGCGAUCGGCGCCGAGACGCCGUUCAUUCAACACUUGGAAGCCGAGAAUAAUCGACUGAUCGAGAUGAGCGGAAAAUUGCCGGACACUCUUGUUCACGUGAACAUCGCGUCGAAUAGCUUCACCGAGAUACCCGAGGCGAUAUUCGCGUUGCCGAAUUUGGUGUCGCUCAACAUUUCGGCGAAUCGUGUCGCGUAUGACGCUUCCGGAAAUUCGACGGCGUUUCAAUCCAAAGAGCUUGAAUCGCUCGAUUUGUCGCGAAACCAGCUGACGGUGGUGCCGACGGAAUGGUUGGAGAAUUGCGAGCACUCGGUGGCUCAUUUGCAUUUUGAGCGCAAUUUGAUCGAUGGAAUCGCGCGCGGGAGUUUUGCGAACGCCACCAACCUUCAAACGUUGGACUUGUCCGGCAACAAGAUCCGCGAGUUCGCCGCGCAAAUUUUUCCGGCGUCGCCGAUUCUGACGAGCCUCAAUCUCGGCGACAACGCGCUCGAACGUCUCGCGUCGGACUCGCUCAGCGGACUGAAACUCGACACGCUGGAUUUGUCGACGAAUCGAUUCGUCGAGGUGCCGUCGGCGAUCGGCGACGUCGUCAAACUCAAAAAUGUCGAUUUGAGUCGAAAUCGGAUUGCGAAAUUGGCGGCGAACACGUUUUCGAAAAUCGCCGACCUUCACCAUAUCGAUUUGUCGCACAAUCAAUUGCAGAGUGUCACGGCCAACGUGUUCUCGUCGAGCGCCAAUUUGCACACGUUGGAUUUGUCGAAUAAUCGAAUCUCGUUGAUAUUCAAGGAUUCGUUUGCGCAAUGCCCGAAAUUGAAGAAAAUCAUUCUCAGAGAGAAUGCCAUGAAUUCGCUUGAUGAGGGUCUCCUCGAAGCGACGAGCCUUCGAAAACUCGACAUUUCCGGCAAUUCGAUUGUCGUCCUCAAAUGGGCCUCGUUUCCGGAGAGUUUGGAGACGAUCGUCGCCGAUCGCAAUCAGAUCAAUCUGCUGACGGCAUCGUCGCGCUCAAAGUAUUCAUUGGCAAUCAAAACGGUGUCGUUGCGCGAGAAUCGCCUCAACAUGUUGACGUCGGAACAAAUUCCGGAUUCGGUUGAGACGUUCGACGCGGCGUCGAAUCGCAUUGCGCAUUUGGCGAAAGGCGCGUUGGCGCACAAAUCGCAACUCCGCAAAAUCGAUUUGUCCGACAAUGAGCUCGAGAUUGUCGAGCUCGACGCGGUGCGAGUCGUCGAGGCGGUCCAUCCGGUUGAGGUGUUGCUCGCCGGCAAUCCGCUCGAAUGCUCGUGUCAGAUGACGUGGCUUCUUCAGGACUAUCAAAGCAAUUCGGCGAAAUCCACGUAUGUCGCCGUCAAGGAUCACGCGAAUGCCACGUGUCGUCAUGCGGUCGACGGACGAACAAUUUCGUUGCGGAACCUGAAGAAGGAUGACAUGCUAUGCCGGUAUUCGCAGGUGUGCGAGCCGGAAUGCAUUUGUUGCCAAUACGGCAAUUGCGAUUGCAAAUCGGUGUGUCCGGCGUCGUGUCGCUGCUUCCGCGACGAGUCAUUCGACGUCAACAUUGUGCGUUGCGAGCGAAAUGAGACGCUAUUGCCGAAACGCGAAUUCGUCGUCUCCGAGCUUCCGGUGUCGGCGACCGAGAUCAUGCUGUCGGGUGUCGUGUUGCCGCAACUCCGAACCCACUCAUUCAUCGGACGCCUUCGACUACAGAAGCUUCACAUCAACGGAACGGGACUUCGUUCGAUUCAGCCGAAGGCGUUCCACACACUGCCGGCUCUUCAGACGCUCGAUUUGUCCGGCAACUCGCUUCAUAGUCUCAGCGGCGACGAGUUUCUCAAGACGCCGCAAAUUCUGCAGUUGUUCUUAAACGGCAAUCGAUUCACGACGCUGAGUCGUGGCGUCUUCGAGAAGUUGCCAAAUUUGAAAUUUUUGACACUUCACAACAACUCGUUCGAGGACAUUCCGGCGGCGUUGUCGAAUUUGCCGGCGAUUCGACAAAUCUCGUUGUCGGCAAAUCCGCUCCGCUGCGAUUGUGCCGCCCAGCAGACGCGAUUUCGAUUGUCGAACGACGGCUUCGCGCCGCCAAUGAUCGAGCACAACGCCGUCGAAUGGAUGUUCCACAAUCGUCAUCUCGUCGUCGACGCGCCGAAAGUCGAAUGCGUCGAGAACGUGACGCGCGCGUUCAUCACCAACGACACCACAAUUUUGUCGGCGAGACCGCCGAAUGUGAAUGGCGACAUUUUUGUGAUGCAAAUGGAUGAGUUCCUACAAAACUACAACGUCUCGAUAUGCGUUCAAAUCUCGUCGGGAUUUUUCGGCCACGAGCCGCAGAACAGCAUCAUCUUCAUUGUGCUCGCCGUCUCGUGCUCGCUGCUUUUGUGCAUUUUCGUCAUAAUCGGUGUGUCGAUGGUCCGCCGAUCGCACGACGCCAUCAAUCAGCGGCGAUACAAGGCGUCGUCGCUCAACUGUUCGACGUCGGCCGGCUCGUCGCCGCUUCCGAUGCCGUUGUUGAGCUAUCACGCGUUUGUGAGCUACUCGAAAAAAGAUGAGAAGAUGGUCAUCGAUCAGUUGUGCCGGCCGCUUGAAGAUGAUGAUUAUCAGCUAUGUCUGCUCCAUCGUGAUGGUCCCACGUAUAAUUCGAACCUUCACGCGAUUUCCGACGAGCUGAUUGCGCAGAUGGAGGCGUCGCAAUGUUUGAUAUUGGUCCUGACGCGACACUUUUUGGAUAAUGAGUGGAAAACGCUGCAGAUUAAGACGUCACAUCAAUUAUUCGCGAAGAAUCGCGCGAAACGCGUGAUCGCCGUGCUCGGCGACGGCGUCGACGCGAAUCUUCUCGACGAUGAGCUCGGACAGAUUCUGCGGAAGCACACGCGCAUCGACAUGAGCAGCCAUCUGUUCUGGACGCUUCUCCAUUCAUCGUUGCCGUCGCGAAUGCCGCUUCAUCAUUCGACAUCGGCGCACGACGACUCGUCGCAAGUCUAUUCGGAUAUUUAUGGAAUCGUGCCAUCAGAUGUCGUCUAG